AGAUAUAUCAGACGAUAAAGGUGAGGUGAAAGAUAAAUUAGUUAUAAAAAUCGACCAAGAUGAUGAUCAUGCCUCCAAAUUUUCUGUUGCCGAUGAUAUUUCUGAAGUAUAUAGUUUAUCUAGAAUUCAUGAAUGCAUUAAUGGUCAAAAACCUUUAAGAGCUAUGAUCAAUAUAGAUGCUUUAGAGGAAGAUAUGGAAAUAACUGUUAUUACUAUAUCUUCAGAUUCUAGUAAGUGUAGCUACCAUAUUUUAUAUGCACCAGUUCUACUUAUUGAUCAUCAUAAGCUCAAAGCAUUUACUAAAUUAGUAUAUACCAUAACAGGUGAAAAAUAUGAUAAUGGUUGGAAUGAACUUGAUCACGCUAAAGUUCAAUCACCUACUAGUUUAGAGCUUAAAGUUAGACCUCGAAUGCUUAUUUUGCAAAAAUAUUCUACCUAUCUUAAGGAUUGGACUAUCAAAGAAAAGGACGAAGAAAACUUUAAUAGUAAUGAGUGUGAAGAAAUUUUUGAAUGUGACCCAUCUAUUGCAGAAAAAAUUCAACAAAAAAAUAAAAAUUUUCUGCAAUUCUCUUACAAGAAGAAAUAUGUAAGACCAUUACCCAAUGAAGGUGAUAUUUAUGUGGAGUCAUCUUGGGAAAUGAAAAAAACUUAUAUUCUUAAAAAUUUAGCUAUUCCUAAUAAUGUAAAUUUGCUAGUAUUAUUUACGCGUCACUCUUAUUCUAAUGCUGUUACUACAAGACUUAAUCUUAAGUCAUAUUGUGAUAUCGAUGUGUCUAUAAUUGCUCAAGCACAAAGUCGCUUGAUAAGGCAAUCAAUAGAAAAAUUAUAUAAAUUAAUCCAAGAGGCUAAGCGUAUUAUUGUUAUGGAUAAUGAUCUAACAGACCUUAAUAUUGAAUGGAUUAAGACUCUUCACAAGAAUAUACCUUUCUUCAUUAUUCAUAAUACUUACCAGCCUCAGAAAGGUAAAACAUUCCGCCUAGCUCCUAAUAAAGAAUCUAUAUUAGUUGAACUCUGGGAUUAUGCUAAACAGACUUCCUUGUUACCUUUUGAGAAUCAUAAAAGUGCAUCACUUAUUUGUCAUCUUAGAAAAGAUUUACAAGGAAUUGUUCAUGCUUUCAAGACUGAAUUUUCAGAAUUAAGAAUCAAGGAAUAUCACGGUAAAUCUGAUCUAAUGGAAAAAGCUCAAGAUUUCAGCAAUGUAGAAGAAUCAUGA